GCUCAGUGAGCUCAACCUGUCGGCAGGACUGCAGUGCGAGGCCCUCUACCCGACGAUAAACACAGCAAUUUUAUGAAAAUGCUGGCUUCAGUUCUGCCACCAGUGUGAACAAGGUGCAAAGUGUUGAAAUGAUGUUCAAUGCCUCCCAUUUAAGGGAUAUCAGAGACUGUGUACAGGGCAGAAGUCAAAAGUAUUAGUAGCAAUCACCACGAGCCCAAGGUGACUAAGCCGGCACUUCACUGAAAUGUUGGAUGAGCUUUCCAAGGAUAUGCUGCAUCACCUUUUCAAUGAUCCUUUCCUUUCGGACAAAAGUGAGCUGAUGGAUGCAGAACUGUCGCCUGCUCCACACAUUCAAGCUGAGCACAGCUACUCUCUGGCAGGCGACUCCCGGCCGCAAUCCCCACUCACACAGAUCUCGACUGAAGAGGAUUUCAGUGAAGAUAUGGAGUGUGAAUCCUGGUCAGUGGGCUCUGAUCUAAAGCCAAUCACAUUGAAACAUGAAGCUCUCCUUUGUGAUAGUAACUGUCUUGCUCCUUCUGUUACCUUAACAACCGCAACCACUUCUGUGGGCGAUGUCGUACUUGAGACGUACAAGAUGGACACAGCCUCUGUGACUGAAUCAGGUCUUGAUGCAAUCCCAGAUGGUGAGACUAAAACGUGCACAUCGAAGGUUGUUCCAAAGAUCAAACUGGAACCUCAUGAGGUGGAUCAAUUCCUCAAUCUGGCUCCAAAAGAAGCAGAAACCGAGAUUCUCCAGUUGCCACCAACGCCACCGAGCAGCCAUGGCAGCGAUUGUGAGGGUGGACAAAGCCCAACACGUUCUGUUCAAUCACCGGAUCCUGUCCAACCACAGCCCAUGGCAAAAUGCAUAGCUCGUGCACCAUCCGCUCUGUCCAGCUCUCCUCUUCUCACUGCACCACAUAAGCUACAAGGCUCGUCAGGACCUCUGAUGCUGACAGAGGAAGAGAAACGGACUCUGAUUGCAGAAGGGUACCCGGUCCCUGUCAAACUACCACUGACAAAAGCAGAAGAGAAGGCACUCAAGAAGAUACGCAGAAAAAUUAAGAACAAGAUCUCCGCCCAAGAAAGCAGGCGAAAGAAAAAAGAAUACAUGGACACGCUGGAAAAGAAGGUGGAAUCUUGUUCAAAUGAAAACAGCGAACUCCGUAGAAAGGUGGAAAAUUUGGAAAAAGCAAACAGAUCCUUGCUCCAGCAGCUACAAGGACUCCAGGUCCUAGUGGCAGGAAAGGUGCCCAGACCUUGCAAGAUGGCCAGCACACAAACCAGCACAUGCUUAAUGAUUGUGGUGCUGUGCUUUGCCAUUGCACUGGGGAGUUUCAGUAACAGAUUUGACCCAUUCUCCUCUUCAGUGACAAAAUCAGUGCUCCCUGUCCAGGAUUCGACACAAGAGUCAUAUGCAGCCACUGUUCGUUCAAGGCAUUUAUUAUUUUAUGAAGAACAUCCAGGUUUCGAGGAAGAAAUCAGUUCUGUCAUGUCAACAGAUGCCUGGGAAAAAUUAGCAGAGUCUGUUCGGGAGCGAGCACGACUGGCACAGUUUCUCACUGCCAGGGGUUCAGCACAGAAGCAGCAAGUACAGGAAGCAGUCACACACUCAGAGGAGCCAGCAGAGGAAUAUAUAAUAUCAAAUGAAACAAGAACAGAGAAUUCAGUCCUGAUAGAGCUCCAGUCACAACGGAGCCUCCCAAGCGUAGGGAUGAAUGGAACCACUGUGGAAAUUGACAGAAGAGUCAACACAACAUCCUAAAGAACCAUAAAGUGGUGUUUAUGCAAUGAAUGCAGUCCCUUUGUAUACAAUCCCACCCGGUCUGAUCAUCAAUAGCCAUCUUAGAAGGAGAUCAGAUAACUUUGUGUUUUUCCCUGUACUACUUUAUUACAAACAUGCUUACUGAAUAUUAAUUUAUAUAAAUUAAUAAGUAUAAAUGUGUUGAGAACUUGAGUUAUAUAACACAAGUCUUCAUUCCUGCAUUGAUUCUUUGUUUAAAAUUAAAAUAGCUAGAUAGCCAGACAGUUUUAAGUAUAUGUAAGGGAUGAAUCUCAGUCUGGGCUCAAGUUCUAGGUUUCAGAACCAGCAGAAAAGAUUAACCUGAACUUCAUGUAGUUGGUCAAAAUAGGCUGUCAAUUCAACUCAUUUGCUCUACUCAUUCUUAAAAGGUUGUAAAACAACUGAGCAGAAUCGCUGGUCGUUGGUCCUUUAACAGAUUCACACCAAGGGAGGGUGGUUCACCCUCCUUUUCCUCUUCAUAACCUCAGUCCCUCAGAUGCCUUCCUUUCUCAAAUACUGGGUAGUAGGGGUAACCAGCUGUCUUCUACAGCUGACUGUUUUUGAGGAGGUUUCAGUUUUGUUACGAGUAGAUUUGGUGUCUUC